AUGUAUUCACAAAUGCAGAAUUUCCAUAACCACAAUUCCAACUUUAACGACAAUUUAUACUUCAACCCUCAGACUCCACAAGAAAUAUGUCCUAGAGUAUGGUUGGGUCCGUAUGACGCAUUAUUAAGCAACCCAGAGGAAAUUUCAAGAAACUUUUUGGUUGACCAUAAUAUCAAAAUUAUCAUUAACUGCGGUACAACGUUGCCGUUUAUUGAUUUGAUUGAAAACCACAGAAAUAUCACCAUAUCGUCAGACGUAUUGGUGUUGAGUUUAGACCCGUUGUUUGAGAGUAACCAUGAGUUGGUUCGUGAUUUCGUAAAGAAAUACACUCGUGUGUUGACCAACUACUUGAACUUCUUCUACAAGACCAACCCUGAGGCGGGAAAAUUAAUCCACCAGUUGCCAGGUUCCAAUGAGUGCAUACAAAUGACAUCGCCUAUUUUAACAGGAGGUAAUUUGAUGUUGCAGUAUUUCAACCUCAUCAGAAUGAUCAAUCUUUUCAAGCUGAUCAACCAGGAAUUGGAAAUUUAUAUUGUGUCGCAUGAUGGUAAUGAAAAUUUGCUGACUGGACUCAUGAUUGCUUACUUGAUGGACACAUACCGCUACAAUUUGGUAAACUCGUUGAAAUUGAUAAGAAACAGACGACCAUCGAUCAAAGAGUUGUCAUGUGUUGAAUACGAAGACUUGUUGAGUCAGUUCUAUAUCCAGAAUUGUGAAAUCAAAUGCACCCCGUUGACUAUGACUCAGCUUAAAAGGACAUCGCAGGAAGACGAUACUAGUGAAGUCAUGGCUGGUGGUGGUGAUCGAAAAAGACGGUUCUUACAUUAA